CCGUCAAAUGUCGACGAAGAAGAACCAGCGGCGUUCCUCAGUGGUGAUGUGGCUCAGAAAGCGUCCACGUCACACGGAAGGAGGACAUAACUGACCAGAUAUCUGUGUUUGUACUUGUGGAGAGUAAAGGGUACAGCCUGGAGCGUGGAAUUACACAGGUAACGAAACGGUUUUAGAUAUAAAAGCUAUUCAGAAUCAUUUGUAAGGUUUCUUCAAGCCUGGCAGCAAAAUGACGGCUGCAGAAAAUGUUUGUUACACCCUGAUCAAUGUUCCAACAGACUCUGAGCCCCCCUCUGAAGUCAGCUUAAAAGCUGAUUUAGAAAAGGGAGAGAUCAAGGCAAAGACUGAAGCUUUGAAGAAAGUGAUCAUCAUGAUACUGAAUGGUGAGAAAUUGCCUGGGCUGCUGAUGACCAUAAUUCGAUUUGUUCUGCCACUUCAAGAUCACACCAUCAAAAAGCUGCUGCUGGUUUUUUGGGAGAUUGUCCCCAAAACAACCCCAGAUGGAAAGCUGCUGCAGGAGAUGAUUUUGGUUUGUGAUGCUUACAGAAAGGACCUGCAGCACCCUAAUGAGUUCAUUCGUGGCUCCACCCUGCGCUUUUUGUGCAAGCUGAAGGAGUCGGAACUACUGGAGCCUCUUAUGCCAGCAAUCCGGGCCUGCCUGGAACAUCGACACAGUUACGUGCGCCGCAAUGCUGUCCUGGCCAUUUACACCAUCUACAGGAAUUUUGAACACCUCAUCCCAGAUGCGCCAGAGUUGAUCCAUGAUUUCCUUGUCAGUGAGAAGGAUGCCAGCUGCAAAAGAAAUGCUUUCAUGAUGCUCAUUCAUGCUGAUCAGGAUCGUGCUCUGGAUUACCUCAGCACCUGUAUUGAUCAAGUUCAUACCUUUGGUGACAUUCUCCAGUUGGUUAUUGUGGAGCUGAUUUACAAAGUUUGCCAUGCCAACCCCUCUGAGCGUGCACGUUUUAUCCGGUGUAUCUACAACCUGCUGCAGUCCUCCAGUCCAGCUGUUAAGUAUGAGGCUGCUGGCACCCUUGUAACCCUCUCCAGUGCUCCCACGGCCAUUAAGGCUGCUGCCCAGUGCUAUAUCGAUCUGAUUAUCAAGGAGAGUGACAACAAUGUGAAGCUAAUUGUUCUUGAUCGUCUGAUUGAACUAAAGGAGCAUCCCACUCAUGAGCGUGUACUUCAGGACCUUGUGAUGGACAUCCUGCGUGUUCUCAGCACUCCUGACCUGGAAGUAAGGAAGAAAACCUUGCAGCUUGCUCUGGACCUCGUUUCAUCUCGAAAUGUGGAAGAGUUGGUGAUCGUUUUGAAGAAGGAAGUGAUCAAGACGAACAACGUAACAGAACAUGAGGACACUGAUAAAUACAGGCAGCUGUUGGUGCGCACUCUCCACUCAUGCAGUGUGCGCUUCCCUGACAUGGCAGCAAACGUCAUUCCUGUGCUGAUGGAAUUCUUAAGUGACACUAAUGAGGCAGCUGCUGCUGAUGUACUGGAGUUUGUGCGGGAGGCCAUUCAGAGAUUUGACACCUUAAGACCUCUUAUCAUUGAGAAGAUGCUGGAAGUCUUUCAUGCCAUCAAAACUGUCAAAAUCUACAGAGGGGCACUGUGGAUCUUGGGUGAAUAUUGUAGCACCAAAGAAGAUAUCCAAAGUGUGAUGACAGAAGUUCGCAGGUCCUUGGGAGAGAUCCCAAUUGUAGAGAAUGAGAUAAAGAAGGAAACUGGAGAGCUGAAGCCAGAAGAUGAAGUGAGUGCAGCUCCAGCACAAAAACUGGUGACUGAGAUGGGCACCUAUGUGACACAGAGUGCCCUCAGCUCCUCAAGGCCUUCAAAGAAAGAAGAAGACCGGCCUCCACUCAGAGGCUUCUUGAUGGAUGGAGAUUUCUACGUAGCAGCUUCGUUAGCUACCACACUGACCAAAGUGGCCCUGCGUUAUGUUGCUCUUGUUCAAGAGAAAAAGAAACAAAAUUCCUUUGUAGCAGAAGCCAUGCUGAUUAUGGUCACUGUGCUCCAUCUUGGAAAGUCCUCUCUGCCCAAGAAGCCAAUUACAGAUGAUGAUGUGGAUCGCAUCUCACUGUGCCUUAAGGUCCUGUCAGAGUGUUCCCCGCUUAUGAAUGAUAUUUUCAACAAGGAGUGUCGUAAAUCCCUGUCACAUAUGUUGACCGUCAGGUUGGAGGAAGAGAAGCUGUCACAGAAGAAGGAGUCGGAGAAACGUAAUGUAAUAGUGCAGGCCGACGAUCCAAUCUCCUUCAUGCAGUUGAUGGCUAAGAAUGAGAUGACAUCGAAAGAGGACCAGUUCCAGCUUAGUCUGUUGGCUGCUAUGGGCAACACUCAGAGGAAGGAGGCUGCAGAUCCCCUGGCUUCAAAACUCAACAAGGUGACACAGCUGACUGGGUUCUCAGACCCAGUAUAUGCUGAGGCCUAUGUUCACGUUAACCAGUAUGACAUUGUGUUGGAUGUGCUGGUUGUCAACCAAACCAGUGACACUCUACAGAACUGCACCCUUGAGUUGGCAACAUUAGGUGAUCUCAAGCUGGUUGAGAAGCCUUCCCCUCUAACACUUGCUCCUCAUGAUUUUGCUAACAUCAAGGCAAAUGUCAAGGUGGCUUCUACUGAGAAUGGCAUUAUAUUUGGCAACAUUGUUUAUGAUGUGUCAGGAGCAGCAAGCGACAGGAACUGUGUUGUCCUCAGUGAUAUCCACAUUGACAUCAUGGACUACAUCCAGCCAGCUUCAUGCACAGAUGCAGAAUUCAGACAGAUGUGGGCAGAGUUUGAGUGGGAAAACAAGGUGACUGUGAACACCAACAUCACACAUCUGAAUGAGUACCUUCAGCACAUACUGAAGUCCACCAACAUGAAGUGCCUGACACCCAAGAAGGCACUCUCUGGUUUCUGUGGCUUCAUGGCUGCCAACCUUUAUGCCCGCUCUAUAUUUGGAGAAGACGCCUUGGCUAACGUCAGCAUUGAGAAACCCAUCCACCUGGGGCCUGAGGCUCCAGUCAACGGACACAUACGCAUUCGAGCCAAAAGUCAGGGGAUGGCCUUGAGCCUGGGUGACAAGAUAAAUCUGUCUCAAAAAAAGACAAACGUCUGAAACAACUUUGAUCCGUUCCACUUUAUAAAAGUCACCUGCUGUCUUCUUUGAUCACCCAUCAUCACCUUUUGAUUGCAGCAAUUUAAUAUCUUAUGGUCAGUUGAUUCUUUUGCUUCUUUUUUUAACCUCUGCCGAGUAAUUCAUAGUCAUGGUCUUUACUUGUCCUUUUGAAUUUUCAGUACAUGUCUAAUAAAAGAAUGCAUAAAAUAUG